AUGCGUCCUAGGCAUAUGGGAACCUCUAGGAACUCUCGGAUUGGAAAUUUUGAGGUCAUGGACCCCACGGGGUCCCGAGUCGACUUUUGGGACUUUUAUCGCUUUUUGAGUCUCGAGGCACUUCUAGACCGUUCUAAAGAUGAGAAAAGCUUUUGUGGGCAAAGUUGGGAUAAUUUUGGGAAGAUGAGUUUCAAACCCAUCGUAGGAGUACCCCAUAGUGGCCUUGAAACAAUUUGGUUAUUUCUGAUAACGCCCCACGAGUUACGAGGACGCCUGGACCGUGUGGUGCGAGGAUUGCGGCUCAGGUUGACUUGGUGUCUCCGAGGCCUGCAAGGAAUGCUGUUGAUGCCUGCGAGGAUUGCAGCUCGGAUAGAAGUGGUAUCUCUGAGGCCUGCAAGGAUUGCGGCUCAAGUAAAAUUGGUGCCUCUGAGGCCUGCAAGGAUGGAGUUGAUGGUAUUAAUGGAAUUGACGGAUCAUGAUUUGGGGUAUGCCUAA